AUGCAGGGGUCUCGGGGCUCUUCCAGGGUGAAGGCACUCCGAGUGGAUUGUAUAUUGCGGCCGACCUCCGGCACCUGCUCCCAAAUAUCGCCCACCGCCAUCGGAGGCCGAUACAACCGGGUAUUCCUAAAACAGUUCCUCCACGACGGUCAAAUCCUAGGGAUUGAACAAACCUUCUCAACUCCAAAAGAAUGGCACGGUGCCCCCCUUGCGUCUAUUCGCCGUACAUUUGCCGCCCUUGCAAACCCCCGUUUCUUUGUCAUCGUCGAUACCGGUACCUACCACAUGCUUGAAGAACUACGGCAGCUAUACUUCAGUGGCGAUCCCCUUCCAUCUGAACAACUCUCCCUGCGUGAUGUGUAUCGGCCACAAGUCCAGACAAGUCAGAAGCACUAG